AUGCCGCCUUUUGUCUAUUCUCGGCUUUCUCUUGUUAUGGCGUUUUCAGGAGUGCAGGGUGUCAAGGGGGCUUCCCGCGCAUCAGCGAAGCGUCAGAUCGCGGUGAAGGGCAUAGCGGCGGUGCGGCGUGUUAAAGGUGUUUCUGCCGCCUCUCCCUCAAACACUGCAGCCAAGCUUGCUUCCGCUGUGUCUACCAAAUCAACGUCAGUGGUGGUCGAAGAUCACCCUAUUGGUCCAGUUGUACACACUGACAGUCGCGUGCUACUUUGCGGGACCUUUCCUCCAGUUAGGAGGAGCAUCCAGUUCUACUACCCGAACCCUAACAACGACAUGUGGAAGGUGCUUGGAUUGGUCUUCUUUGAUGAUGCUGAUGCUUUUUACACUCUUGCUGGUUGCACUUCCCCGCUACUGUCAUCGUCGUCUAAGCCAUUGGGUGGCCUUGCCGUCACUCGGGCACUGGAUGAGGCGCGUAUCUUGCACUUUGCUGACUCUCAGCCUAUCGGCUUCUUCGAUGUCUGCCGACGAGUUCGCCGUCGCCUUGGCACCUCUGCAGAUGAAAACAUCGAGGCGCUCGAGCGUACGGAUGUGGUGAGGGACGUCCUCUUGCACACCCCUCACUGUGCAGCCAUCAUCGCAACCGGCACGCUGGCCCUCACGUUGCUCCUAGACGAUCUGUCAGCUCACGGAACAUUUCGUACGAGCGGUGAGGCACCCAUGGAGGCUGUCCUCAAGACGCGGCAGGGCAAGCCCAAGUACAAUAUUCCACCUGUAGGAGGAAAGCUGAAGUGGGUGCCGAGUGAGGCGUGUAUCUUCCGCAGUGCUGUCUGGAUUUACCGAGGGCCGUCGACUUCACGGGCACUGCCGCUCAGUCUUGAGGAGAAGACGGGACACUACCGCCGCGCAAUUGCUAUGCAUCUACUCCUUCCGCUGGCGAGCGCACCUGCAUCUGUGGCGGAUACUUAG